AUGAAUGCUCUGAGGCGUGUGUGGUGGCAGGUGGCGCUCCUGUCGGCCUCGGGCGAAGCCAGGCUCACCCGCCAGCUGGGCGGCGAGUGCAGGAUGGACCGCGACUGCUCCAGCAGGAUCAAGCACAGCCGGUGCCACGAGGGUCGCUGUGGCUGCGAGCCAUACUACGCGCCCUACAACAACAGCAAGUGUCUCGAGUCCACGCUGCUGGGGUUCGACUGUCUGGUGCCGGAGCAGUGCUCGCUGAAGGUAGCGCACAGCAGCUGCAGCCGCGGCGUGUGUCGCUGCGAGUCGGGCUACCUGCAGUUCCGCCGGCACACCUGCCUCAGCCCGGCGAGCCCCGGAGACGUGUGCUACAGCGACACCCACUGCCGCCUGUGGGACGGCGACACGCACUGCCACUUCCUCAUACCCAAGCUGUUCGGCCGGUGCCAGUGCAACGCGGCGCUGCGCCAGGAGGGCAAGGCCUGCGUUCCCGACUCCGGGCCGUACGACCCGCAGAGGCUGCCCUCCUCCCCCGCCGCGGCCCCUUCCACCGGCGGCACCACCCCGGAGCUCUUCCAGCCGCACCACCCCUCGACGGCGGCGUCCGCCCUGCACGUGGUGCCCGGCCCCACCGGCCCCCUGGUCCCCGACACCACUCCCGGGGCACCUGCGCCUUCCUCUCCGAGUCCGCGACCCGAGGACAGCGAGGAGCCGGUGGUGAUACAGCUGCCCGGCAUGGCCGACCCGGUGCCGGCGUGGCUCACCACCCAGAGCCCCUGGACGACGGUCGCGGCUGAAGAAGACGCUCCCUCCUCGGAGCAGCUGGACCCCGAGACCACGACGCUGCCGCCGGACCGGAUGGUACAGUCCGACCCCAUGGAGUUCCAGCCCACGUGGAACGUCGAGGUCACGACGGACGCGGACGAGACGACGACGACGACGACGACGACGACGACGUCGCUGGAGUUCGAGUCGACGUCGGGGACGAACCUCGCGUCCGGCGAAGAGCUGGUGGCGACGACAGCGGAGACGGAGCAGUCCUACGUGCAAUCCACCCCAACAAUGGACCUCACAGGCGCCGUCAGCCUGGGGCUGGCCUGCAGCAGCGACGGGCAGUGCGCGGCGGCCGACCCGCACUCGCGCUGCCUGCGCGGCGUGUGCGACUGUGCUGCCUCCGGCGGCGGCGGCGGCGGAGAGGCCAACCUCACGAGCUGCGGCGCCCGCAGCAGGGGCUGCCACCCGGGCACCUUCCAGUGCCGGUCGAGCGGGCGCUGCGUGAGCUGGUUCUUCGUGUGCGACGGGCGGCGGGACUGCGCGGACGGCUCGGACGAGGAGUGCCGCGGCGGCCAGGACUGCCCCCCGGAGGCGUUCCGCUGCGACGGCGCGGCGCGGGACCGCGUGUGCGUGUCGCGCGCGGCGCUGUGCGACGGCGCGCCCGACUGCCCGCGCGGCGAGGACGAGCGCGGCUGCGGCGCCGACCAGCCGGGCUGCCCGCCGGACACGUUCCGCUGCGCGGACGGCGCCUGCCUGCCCGAGUACGAGUUCUGCAACGCCGUGGUGUCGUGCCGCGACGGAAGCGACGAGCCGCGCGCCGCCUGCCGCUCCCCGCUGGGCGCGCGCGCCGCCGGCUACUGCCCCUUCCGCUGCGCCAACGGCCGCUGUCGCUCGGGCGCCAUCGCGUGCUCGGGCCGCGACGGCUGCGGCGACGGCAGCGACGAGGCAGCCUGCUCCGUCUGCAAGUGCCCAGCGCUGCCGUAGAUCUCCAAAAAACGUGAUGCCAUCCUCAACCAUAUACAACAUUCAAGUGCCAAGUGUGUCGCGAGACAUUUGUGAGACGACUGAUUAUUGUAUUUCUACUUUUAUACCAUUUCCUGUACUGAACUUCCUCGGUGUA